GGUCCAUUUCCUGGAGUGCUCGACAUGUUUGGUUCUACAGGUGGUCUGGUGGAGUUCCGAGCUGCAUUGUUGGCUUCGAGAGGCUUUGUUUCCUUUGCUCUCGCCUAUUUUAGAUACGAUGAUCUCCCAUCCUCUUUGGCUGACGUUGACUUUGAUUACUUUCUUGAUGCUGUAGACUGGUUGUCCUCUCAUCCAAGUGUACAGGGAGAGGGUAUCGGUGUGGUCGGUAGCUCCAAGGGAGGUGAACUGGCCUUCCUGCUUGGCAUGGCCACUGACAAGGUGAAGGUUUUGGUGAAUAUCAGUGGCCUUCCAGUUUAUUCAUUUGAGGAUGUAAAGAAAUCAGGAGAGCUUUAUUGGAAAGGGGUGAGCCGAUUUAUAUUUAGUGUGGAUAUCACGAAACUGAAACACACAGAUGAAGGUUUUUACACCAGAGAUGCUGUUCCCUAUGACUCUGAGGUUAUUCCGGCUUGGAAGAAUAAUGCCCAAAUAUUAUACCUUGUUGGGGACGAUGAUGGUCUCUGGAAAACUGACCAUGCUAACACAUUCAUUGAGAGUUGCCCAAAAGAGAAAAGGAAGACUAUUGAACUUGUCACCUAUCCAGGAACAGGUCACCUCAUCGAACCUCCAUAUAUGCCUGUGAAUAGAGCACAGUACCAUCCAUUGCUUGGCAAGACAGUGGUAAUGGGAGGACAUCAUGAAGCUCAUGCUGCAGCGCAGGAGGACGCCUGGAGAAGAAUUCUCUACAUCCUUCAGAAACAUAUCUCGUAG